UGGUGUUAUUUUCGAAGAAAUUGAGAAUUUAUGAAAACAUCAUUGGUUUCUUGAAAUACCGAAACGAAAUCCUAAACAUCGAGUCGACAUAUUCUGUAGACUUCCUAACGAUAUUUAGUCUUUCGUUACAUUUUAUAAUCGCCCCUCCAUCUCUGUCUUCCACUGUUUUUUCCCUUCCCUUUUUCUCCUUUCCAUCUUUUUGAAGUGUUUAUUAGCUGUAACUGUAUAUUACAUAAAGGCAUAAAGAGAUUUGUGUGGAAAUAGAACAAUGUUGAGAACCAAAGUUACAUCAUAUUUUAAAAAUGAUGUACUCGAACUUAAUUAAUGUUUUAUUUAUUUAUCUUUCUCAAUAAACGUGCUUUUAAAAUGAAAGUAGAUUUUUUUGUUGUGGCUAUUAGUAAACGAGGAAAUGGGGAAUGUAUAAAAAUAAAAUGGAUCUCUUGAAAAACCGAAAUGAAAACAUAAUAUUGUUUACUACAGAUCGAAAAAAAUACUACCCCUUUUAAAAACACGUAUUUACGAGAGGGAAAAUAUAUAUAUUUGGGAAAUAUAUAAGUAUUUAAUUAGAUAAACAUUUAAAAACAGUUAAUUAUAAGAUUUAGUUAUGUAUACUACCUAUGUAACAGCAACAGUACCACCUCUUGUGUAAACAAUAUUUCGUUUCGGUAUUUUAAGAAACUGCACAUCUUUAAUAGAUUGCAUUUCCUCCACAAAAUACCGAAAAUAGACCGUUAAUUUCUACAUUUAGAGUUAAAAAAAGCAUUUUUUUCUCCUAAGACACUGAAUUGUAAAUGAAACAAGAAACGAGAACCGACUCACCGAUUGAAAGUUGGUAGACUAUCAAAUAUCAAAUUAAACGAUAUGUUAUGUACGUCAUCCUGGAGUUCUUUGCGACUGGUUGAAUUUAUGAGGACUUUGAUUUGUUGCAGGACAGACAAUUUAUCGUCUGUGGUCGGGAAAGAGUCCAACAAACUGGACAAGUUACACGACAACGCCAUCUUAGUAAGUGUAGAGAGAGAGAGGAAGAAAAAAACCCGCGGGAAAUCUCGCGAGAUAUCGUUGGUUGUCAUAACAACAGACAGCUUCGCUAGUUUUGAUGGAGUUGUGUUCUGCUAGAAAUUAACACGAUACAGAACAUUUAUACAAAAAUACACGAACACGAACACACACACAUAUAUAUAAUUAUAUAUGUGUGUGUAUGUAUGUUUGUGUAUGAAAGUACAUACACAUAGAUCCAAGGAAAACCAAAAGAAAGAAAAAUGACAAGACUUUGUUACGGUUCCGCAAUGUUCCUUUCAUUCAAAAUAUUUGUUUGUUUAAAUGCACACACACUCACAACCUCAUAACAUUUGCUCAAUUCUAUUACUUGAAAUAUUUCUUCGAAUUAUUUUAACUAACCUGUAAUAAUUAGCAAGUAAAUUUUUUUUUUUUUUGAGUUUGUUUAAUAGAAGAAAAAAAUAUUUUUGAACGAAUUUCCAAGUCAAUAUGUCGCAGAGUGAGCGAGUCAGUGUUGUUCCCAGCGGGAAAGUAUACGGCCAACUCUUUGAGGCUCAGGCCUUGCUUAACAGCAAAUUAAAGCAAGUGGAACGCCAGCGGGAAGAAACUAAACUCAAGUCAAGCAGUGGUCUCUUGAAACUGCCUUUCACGUACAAACUGUCGGACAGUGCCCAGAAAGAGGAAGAGGUUCACAAGAAGUUUCAAUGUUACCCAGAGGCCAGACAGGAAAGUUCUGCUCUGAAUGUUGAAAUGGGUGAGGUCAAAGCUCUACCAGAAAUCGUAGUUGACAAACAUUCAUCUGACGUUACCAAGAGAAUCAAAGAGAGACGACUAAAACUACAUGAGACAUCUCUGGAAGAUAUGUACCAGGAUCUUGGGGUCAUCAAUUCAAACAUUGAAGUUAUGCUUGAAAAUUGCUGCAAAGAUUUCUCUGAGAAGGUGGCGAACAUCGACAAAGUUACAGAAAGCCUGCUUGAAAUCGAAGAAUCUGAUAAGAAUCUAAUGAACUUCACAUUUGAAGAACUCAACAAGUUGCAAGCUGAUGUCCAAAGCCACACACAAUGUAAGCUGAAGUAUAUCCAGUAUUUAGAUUACCAGUUUCAUGAAAUUGAAAAUAGUAGAAUAUCCCAGAUACAAAAUGUUUUGUUCAAUUACACGAAUUCUUUUCAAGAAAUAGCUUACCUCACAACACCGGAGGUAUAUCGCCUGAUGGAGACUGAAGUGCAGAUAAUCAACCAGACCUUGUUAAAUAACAAACAGAGCUACACUGAUAUUUAUACCCAAUUACUCCUGGUUAGCAUAGAACAAGAUCGGAAGCAUCAUUUAAACUGGAAGUCACUCACGACUCUUUGGAAAAACAAGAACAUACAGGAAAUUCUUGAAAGAUUCAGACAAUUCAUGUUGACCUGUGUCUCUGUCAAACCGAAAGAAGUUGAAAUCUUACUUGAUGAGAUAAGCAUUAAAUUCUCAAAUUUAUUAAAUGAAUAUAAAGAACAUUUACAAUUUCUCAGGAAUUUCUUGCCACCGAAAUGCACAAAAGGUCUUGUUGAAGAAUGGUAUGGAAAAAUAAACGAGGUAACUGAAAAACUAAAGAAAGAGAAACGAGAAUUUCUGAUGCAAAUGAAAACUGAGUAUGAAAAGUGUAACCAAAAAGGUUUAGCAAAAAUGCACGACGAAGAGGUAGCACUGGUUAACUCAAAUGCCUGCACAGAAGAAAAGGCAUCAGAAUUGUCUGCUAAAUACAUGUUACCACUUAUCCAACUUCAACAGAAGAAUUUUGAAUGUUCUCUGGCCACUUGGGAUGAUGAUAUUACUAAAGCAAUGACGUGCACCACCAAAAAGCUUGACAAAGUAUAUGCGUACAUCUCUGCCAUUGCGGACAUAUGGCUGAACCAUACGCAGGAACUGGAGGCCCAAGAUCAGAAACUGAAUCAAAUGUUUGCGGAGAAUAGAGAAAGACACAAUGCUGAUAACCAGGCUGAAGAAGCAAAGCUGGACACCAUCCUUGAUGCCCUCCGACAAGGACCCGAUGGAGCAGCGCUUGAGAGCAACCUCAAUGCUGCCCUCGCUAUACUCACUCGACUGAAGACCAGUUACCAGAAUUUCCAUGCCAAACAAAUUGGCAUGACUACCUUAUACAUUCCAAUGGUGAAAGAUAAAUUAUACCAAUAUGAAAGAGAUAUCUGCAAAUUCUUCAAACUAAAGAGAUACAAUAAACUCCCAUUUAGCCAAACUGACCCAAAUGACGACUGCAUUUGUGCUGACACAGCCAGUACAUCACCUGAAUCGUCUAGAAAAUCUUCAAAAACAAUCACAUCACCAAGUCAACAACCCUCUAAGUUACUUUCACAAACUGAAAAGCCAUCUAGCUCCUUCGAUAUUCAAGGACCCAAGUCUCUGCCUUCAGAAGGUUUGUUAGUUACAAAGCAGAGCACCCAAUAUAGUUAUGAAGUAGGGAGCAUAGAAUCACUUUCAUUUAUUGAUGAACAAGACCUGGUUCUCAAACAAGUGCAUAUUCCUAAUGAAUAUAUCUCUGAUGUCAAGACAAACAUAUGCAUGAAUAUGCUGAACCAUAUGGAUCUGUGGUUAGUGGAUGCAGUGAAGAAGGCAAAGCAAGCACUGGACAUCAAGGUUGAAGAACUGGACGCUGAAUUGAGUUUACGGAUCCACCUUCAUCAGCCUCGAGCCAAACGAAUCGAGGAAGAUAUUAAUGAUGUCAGAAAAGCUGCUCUGGUUGCUAAGCAGACUGUGGCUUACAUUAUUCCUUUUAACAUCAUCAAGCACAGGCUUGUGACUUUAAGAAACAACUUGACUUUAAAGAUAAACAAACUAAUGGCAGACAUCCGGAAAAUUUUGAGGGAAUAUCGAUCUGAUUUUGACCAAGACUUACAGAAAGUGAAAGAUUCUAAUGCAAUAUUAAUGAAGAGUUUCAAACCAUUCUCUGAGAUGGGUAAUUUUUGCCCUGAAGAGAUUCAGCAAUACCAGAAGAUUAUUGACAAAUUUGGCAACAAAGUGGACCAAUUUGAAGGAAAGAUUCUGUCUGAAAUGGAAGGGAUGGAAUCAGCUCGCUAUGAUCAAGCUAAUAAAAUCACUCUGCAGUUUGAAGAAAGAUUUAAGAACCAUGUCUUUGAUCUUCAGUUCAUAGAACUAAUAGCACGAUGGUUUACAAAUACUCAGGUGAAGAUAAAAUCUGAUGUGGCUAAAAGCAACAGCCAAGGAAAGAAUAUUUGCGACAUUCUACAAAAGCUUGAGAAGAAAAUCGAUUACCUAACAGAACCUCAUCCUGAUAAAUUGAAAUGUUCCCCAUCAGAACUGACAGUAGAUUUGGCAGAUGCUUUAACACAAUUUUGUUCCCGGGCCAUAUAUUUAAUUAGUCCAAAGAGCGGUAGAGAGUCAUCAGCUUUCAAGUCAGGUUUUCUGAAUGUCCCAAGUGAAGUACCUCCUACUUCCAAAGCCGGAAAAAUAUGGACUGACGAUGUUUCUAUCUUUGUUGCUAAAAACAUUCUUCGGACUAACAAAUUACUAAACAGUUCAGACGGGAGUCUGUUACCAAAAGGUAAAACCCCUAAACAUUUUAACUUAAUUUAUGAAUUUAUUAAUUAGCUUUGAGCCUGAUUU